AUGUUUGUUUGUUUGCAUCUAUCUCUCGAACAACACGGCACAACAACAUCCGCAGCAACAACAACAGCCAACAACAACGACACAGUUUUUUCGGAUGAUAUUGAAUUACUAACGUAUAUGACACCGUACAACAAAUUGUAUGGCGAUCAAAAUUUAUUUCCUGGAGACAUUGAAUGUGGCGAUAAAAAAGCAUUCGGACGUUUAAAAAGAAGCAGUAUUAAGCUGGUAAAAGACAAUAAUAUCAAUAAUAACAACAACAAUAACAACAACAUUAAUAAUAACAAUAAAAAAAGCAAUUAUGAUAAUGGCGAUGGUGACGAUGACGACGACGAUGAUGAGGAAAAAUAUUCACUUCGUACAGUUGUCAAACUCCAAACUCAUUCGUCACUGCCUCAUAACAACAACAAUAAUAAUAAUACCAAUGGAAAUAAUAAAGAUAAAAACGAUGAUGACGUUGAAGAUGACGUCACGGUUGAUGACGACGACGAUGAUGAUGACGACGAUGGAAAGAAGGCUCAACUCGGUCGUAACGAUAAGAGUGGUUUAUGCAAUUAUUACAAAGAUAAUGACGAUGACGUCACUAGAGAUUACUACAACUACUGCAACAACUACAACUACGGCAACAACUACAACUACUGCAACAACUACAACUACUGCAACAACUAUUGCAACUACUGCAGCUACUACAACUACUACUACAACCGCUAUUGCUGCAAGCCGUCACUAUCGCAGGCUGUAGUAGCUUCAACCAACAACAACAUCCCCAACAAGUGCUCCGAACAACACGUCGAUAAACCCAUACUUAUAUGGAACGCUAAUAAAAAAAUAAAUUGGUCUGCCAUAACUCCAAAGAAUAUUAAAUCUACAUCGAAGUCAGCGAAUUUAUGUACGAAAAGCAAUAACGUCGUUAAUGAUUUUGGCGAGGACGACGACAACGACGAAGUUUGUUGUGGUGGUCAUGGUGAAGAUGAUGAUGAUGACGUCGACGAUGACACACACGCUGUAGUCGGGCUGAUACCGUCACGUGAUCAAUGUUGCGCGAGCGAUCGUUGGGGAAAGUUGAUCGUGUGUAAACGCAGUAACAACAACAACAACUUCAACAACAACAACAACAACAUAAUCAUCAACAACAACAACAAUAACAACAGCAACAACAUAAAUAUUAAAUAUAAAGCAAAAGAUAAUCAUAAACGUAUGUUGAUUUCAAAGAAGACAAAACCCAACUUAAACUGUUCCAACGGCAACGUCAUCAUCCACAACAACAUUAACAACAAAUUUAAUGACAUCAGCAACAGCAGCGUCAUCAAUUACAACAACAACAACGACAACAACAUCAACACACUUGAGAAUUCUUUCAAAGUUAAUCCAGACGAGUUGAAAGCAUUACAGAGAACAGAAAUUAAUUGCUCCUUUGACAACUACAAAAACGACAUCUGCAACAUCAACAAAAAUUUUAUGAAUAUCAACAACAACAACAACAUCAACAAAAACAUUGAUUCCAACAACAUUAACAACAACAACAACAACAACAACAAAGUAACUUAUACCAAAAAUACGCCGAAAAAUUUGUUUCUUUUAAAAACAAACAACAAUAACAUCAAUAAAAAAGAUUGCUCCUACAAUAACAAAAACAUCAAUAAUAACAACAACAAAAACAUCAGCGCAAUUAAAAAUCCUGACAAUCAAAGCAUCGAAUUCCACAAGAAAAUAUUUUCAAUGAACAAAACCCCGCCUUUGAUUGACAGCUCAUUCAGAAACAAAAACACGCCCACGACACCAGACUUAUCAAUGUCAAGGUCAAACAAUUCAGGAUCAAACAAUUCAAGGUCAAAUAGCUUAAAGCUCAAAAAGGUCACCAAUAAAGAACCUUUUGUAUAUUUUUUUCAUCCUCGUUCUAAAUCAGAAGAGCAAAGAAGGGCUAAGAAUAACAUCGCUAACGUUGGUAAUAACAAUAAUAAUAAUGAUAAUAACAAUAAUAAUAGUAGUUGGAAUAGUAAAAAUAUUAAAAAACAAGAUUCUGCUAUUAAUAAUACAUUUGACAAUAAUAAUAGAAAUAAUAAAAACAACAACAGCAGCAACAAGAAGGACAACAACAAUAAUACUAAUAAAUCAACGAUCGGUUGCAUGCCAAGAUUUAAAAGCUUAAGUUUGAACAGAAAAAACAAAAUCAACGUAGAAGGUUACAACAACAACAACAACAACAUCCGACAACAACAAACAUCAACUACAACAACAACAACGACAGCAUUCAACUCCAGCAAACAGUCCAGAUCCUACACGCCACCAAAGCCGUGGAACCUUACGCUACGAAACUACAGCAAAUCGCCAUCACCAUUACGACUGAGACGAAAAUUCGAUGACGUCAUUAUCACCAGCAACAAACCGGAAAUGGCGGCCCAAGAUGGUAUAUCUAUGCACUUAUCAAGAUUAAGAAUCUACUCUAGACGAUCUCUGCUGAGCGAUAAUGGAGUAAGCAGAAGUCUGGCGGGGGUCAAUUUAGCCGGAGAUGAUGAAGUCAAGUCGAUUGAGAAUGAUAUGGAUAAGCAUAUAGAAAAUAUGAGGUCUGGCUAUUACUACAGACGUGUUAUUCUUGAUGGUAGCAGUGCUGAAAGCAACAAGCGCAUAUCAAAUGUCAGUGAAAAUGAUAAAAUUAACCAGCAACAACAUCAACAGCAGCAGAAGCAGCAUCUACGUCAGGCCACCUUUAAAAAUGAAUGA